UUUUUUUUAGUUCUUACCCAGAAACCAAUUUCAAUGGCACCGCCAAUAAUGCUCUUGCUUCUUCUUGCUUCGUUCUUGAUUCCAACGCAGACCCAAUUCCAAGUAGAAGCCAAAGAUGAAGCCUUUACCUCCAUAGUCAUAUCCCAAAAGGGUCUUGACUUUCUGAAGGAAUUGCUUGUAACCGAAGCUGUUUCUUCAAUAAUUCCACUCCAGAUUCCCAGAAUUGAGAAAUCAGUGAGGUUUCCGUUUCUGGGUAGUGUUGAAAUGGUGGUUUCGAAUAUCACAAUCUAUGGAAUCGAUGUGGGUUCGUCUUAUGUUAAGCUCGGUGAUGAUGGGAUUGCUAUUAUUGCUUCCAAGACGACUUGUAAUUUGAGCAUGAAUUGGUAUUAUUCGUAUACUACUUGGGUUGCGCCAAUUGAGGUGGAGGAUGAAGGCAGUGCGUCUGUUCAGGUUGAGGGCGUGGAAGUUGGACUUACAUUAGGCUUGGGGAUCCAAGAAGGAACUCUGAAGCUUUCCCUAAAGGAUUGUGGCUGUUAUGUUAAGGAGAUCUCCAUAAAAUUGGAUGGAGGAGCCUCUUGGUUUUAUCAAGGGAUGAUCAAUGCAUUUGAAGAACAAAUUGGAUCUGCAGUGGAAAAUGCUAUCACGAAAAAACUUAAAGAUGGGAUUGUAAAGCUGGAUACACUUCUCCAAGCUCUUCCAAAGGAAAUCCCAUUGGAUGAUGAUACUUAUUUGAAUGCAACUUUCGUAAAUGACCCAGUUUUGAGUAAUUCUUCCAUAGGAUUUGAGAUUAAUGGUUUAUUUACUGCACGAAGAAAGCCUUCAGUGUCUGAGUACCUUAACAAGGAUACAAAAGCAUUAGUUGCAUGCUCGGAUCCAUCUAAAAUGCUUGGAAUAGCAUUGGAUGAGGCUGUGUUUAACUCUGUAGCAGCCACAUACUUUGAUGCAGAAUUUAUGCAAUGGAUUGUGGACAAGAUACCAGAUCAGUCUUUUUUGAACACUGCUGGAUACAGAUUCAUUAUUCCUCAACUAUACAAGAAAUACCCAAAUCAUGAUAUGAACUUGAAUAUUUCUUUAUCUUCUCCACCGAUCAUAGAGAUCUCAGAGCAUGAUAUUGGUGCUAUCAUCUAUGCUGACUUGAUCAUUGAUGUAUUGGAUGAAGACGGUGUAAUACCAGUUGCAUGCAUCUCAUUGGUCAUUCGUGGAUCAAGUUCAGUUAAAAUCUCAGGCAAUAACCUUGCCGGUAAUAUGAAAGUAGACGACUUUUCUAUGUCAUUGAAGUGGAGUAAUAUUGGCAAUCUUCGCAUGUAUCUAAUUCAGCCGGUGGUGUGGACAGGCAUUCAGACCGUUUUUGUGCCAUAUGUGAACAAACACCUUGGUAAGGGAAUUCCUCUACCAAUCGUUCACGGCUUCACCAUUCAAAACGGCGAACUCCUCUGCUCAGAUUCAAGAAUUAUGGUUUGCAGUGACGUGACUUACGAACCAUCAGAUUCACACAAUCUCAAUUGGCUCCUACCAAGUUUGUCCAAAUACACGCAUGCUACAUAACUUCACGAGGACGCAAAGCAUCAGCUUCCCUGCUUUGUACAACACCGCUCUCAAUGUUCAGCAUGUAAAGUUCCAGAGUGCAAGAACAAUCCUUGAAUACUGAGAAACUGUCUCGGAACUUCUCGAACAUCACAACUCCACCACUGUACAUGUUGUAGCUUAAAAGCCACUUGUUGUCAAAGGCUUUACUCCCUCAAAUGUAAUCUCUGGGGAAACCCGAAAAUCAGAAUGUAAUGUUGCAAAGUAUACUCUGUCUAUAAUAAAAUAGUUUCUUCAUUUGUGAAGCUAGAGUUCAUCAUUUGAUUCCAGGAACUAUUUUCUUCUCCUCUUCUCCACAAUCCUAAAAUCUAUCAAAACGCUGCGUUUUGUCCUCCUAUGCCAAACAGUGAAAACCCGCCGCACAACACAACUACAUAAGCAUCUUAAACGCACCGUUUAACCUUUCUCCCACCCAAAUCAAAUCAGAUAA